UGUCAAUCUGCGAAACCGUCACGUAACUCAUAUAAAUAAAUCUGUGCUAACAAAAAGUGCGAAAUAAACACUAGGUACACAAAGCGCAUAAAUAAGUGCUAAAUACUGUGUAGUAAAAUAUUCUGUUUUUAAAACUGUUUGACCUUUGUUUAGUUUGAUCACAAUCAGUGAUUUACGCUGACUAUGUUUGUGAUUGAAUGUGGACAUAAUUGUACGAUUGUGUUAUAGAGUCAGAGAUGGUUAAGUGCAGUGUCGUGUGAAUUGUGUUGAUGUGUUGAGGAUAUGUGUUAUUGUGGCUUGUGAAGUCCACAAUUUUACGCCUUUGAAGUGUUUGCAAGACUUUUCUGUUGUGAAGGGCGGUCACAGGAUGCCUAAGAACAUGACCUAGUGCCCCAUGAGCGCGGCACCCUGCUACUCGCCGACCUCACGCACACAGACACAAGUACUUCACCAUGGUGCCCCGUUGGUUGUUGGCCUGCUGCGUGGUGCUGCUGGCGCGGCCAGCACACCCGCAGGGCGCGCAGCAGUGUCCGCCGCAGACCACCAUCACCCCCUGCAGCUGUACCGUCAAGAAGAACGGCCUCGACAUCCUCUGCGAGUUCACUGAACAGCAACACAUACAGAAGGCGAUGAACACUUUACGAUCCAAGCCCAUGAUCAUAUUCUAUUUAAAGUUACGACACAACAACCUUGCGAAAUUGCCGUCGUACAUAUUCCUGAGUCUGGACAUCCGCCAUCUUACCGUUCAUAACAGUAGCUUGGCAGUUAUUGAAGACUCCUCACUUAGUUCUAUUGGCAACAAGUUGACUCAACUCGACGUGUCUCAGAACAACCUGGCGACGAUCCCGACGUCGUCGUUCACGCAUCUUAAUCACCUGCUUAUCCUGAACAUGAAUCACAAUAAGGUGACAGCGAUCCACAACAGAGCCUUCCUCGGUCUGGACACUUUGGAGAUACUAACUUUGUACGAAAAUAAAAUAUCGGUCGUAGACGGCGAAGCUUUUAAGGGCUUGGAGAAAAAACUAAAGCGCUUGAACCUCGGAGGGAACGAGUUAACAGCUGUGCCGCAAAAGGCUCUCGCUUUGCUCGAGAACUUGAAAAAGCUCGAGAUGCAGGAAAACCGUAUUACGUCUAUUUCAGAAGGGGAUUUUGCAGGUUUGCGUAACUUGGAUUCAUUGGGUCUGGCGCACAACCAGCUCCGAGAGGUUCCAGCUAAUGUGUUCUCCCACUUGAACUUCCUCAACUCUUUGGAACUGGAAGGCAACCAGAUUCAACGAAUUGACGAAAAGGCUUUCGCUGGAUUAGAAGAAAAUCUGCAAUAUUUACGACUUGGAGACAAUCGCUUGCACGAGAUCCCAUCAGAAGCUCUGCGGCCUUUGCAUCGCUUGCGUCAUUUGGAUCUCCGUUCGAACAAUAUCACCUACAUAAGCGAAGAUGCUUUCACGGGCUACGGGGAUUCAAUCACUUUCCUCAAUAUGCAAAAGAACAUGGUUCAUCAACUGCCGACGAUGGGUUUCGACAACCUCAACUCUUUGGAGACGCUCAACUUACAGAACAACAAGCUCCAACACAUCCCUGAGGAGAUCAUGGAGCCCAUACUUGACACGCUUCGUGUGGUUGACAUUAUGGAUAACCCGUUAAUCUGCGACUGCGAUCUGGCAUGGUACGAAUUCUGGCUGGCCGGUCUGCGCGACCGAGACGAUGAGAUGAUGCAGAAGAAACGCACCAUCUGCACCAUGGUAAGCGAACACCGGGAGUACAGUGUCGCGAAGAUGCCCCUUGAGAAAAUGAAUUGCUUAAGAAAACCGGGGUACGGUAGACCCAACAGCGCAACCUAUACGAGUCCAAUGUUAGCAACGAACGUUGCUAUCGCUGUCAUCACUAGGUUAUUUUAGAAUAUUUUAUGCCUCUAUAAGUUACCCCUUUUUACUUUACCCCAUUAUGUUGAACGAAGGACCGCUUCGAACCAGCUGUGGCCGGAUGGCUCGGUGUCGGAUUCUUCGUGAAUUUAAAAUUUUGUUAAAAAAUUAAAUUGAUGAAUUUGUGCAAAUAAAUCGAUACAUAUCAAUUUUUGGGCUGAUAACAAAAUUAGUAUUUUGGAUUGGCAAUUUGUGAUAAGUAAGGAUUUUAUAAAGGCGUGAAUAAGUGUGAUACACUAUGUAUUUUUAAAAUUAGAAGACCUUUACGGUAGGUAUGCCUUACUUUAGAAUAAUACCAGCCAAGUUCUAUGCGGAGCCUUUGAGAUUUACUUCGAAUAAAAUUUCAAAGAAAUUUAUCUUUGACUUUUAAAAUAAGUCUUUGACGUGUUAAAAAUCUGACACGCAUAAAUGAAUAAUGUUUUUUUGAAUCUCAUCUACUGAUAUUUUAAAAAAGGAGGUGAACUUUUUUUUUAUUAUUAACCCCGCCUUUUCCAUGUUAACUCUCGUAUGAUGUCGUAAUUCUAAGCUUUUGCGCAUUUACCAUGUUGACUAUUCAAUAUUUAUCUAUACUCGUAAGUACGUGUAAUGGGGCUCCUGUAUUUACCAAAUAUUUAAAUAACAUUUCAAAGUUUUCCAAUUUUAGCAAAUUUCCAAAUGUUUCCUUGAAAUAAUUCUACCUCUCGUUUGUUAUGAUUACUGUGUUAGCUUAAUUGUAAAAGUUUAUAAACUAAAUGUUAUUUAUUAGAGCCCCUAAAUGUUCGAUGUAGUUUAGCUAUAAUAACAAUUAGUUAAGUGUUAGUUAUAAUGUCGAUAAAAAUUUUAUGCAGUUGACUCGUUUGUUGGCAUAAUUUUUGUUUUUGUAUCAUUUUAUUGUCUCGACUAUUUUAGGGUUAAAAUUAUUUUGGUUAAAUUUAUUAGAAUUUUAGAGUUAUAUUUAUAAGUUACUAAAUAUAUUGUUGCUGGUAUAAAUAUGUAUUUCAAAUGAAAUAUUAAGUAUUUUGUAGGUUUUUUUAAUUAUGUUUAGUUAAGUUUAUGUUAGUUCCUCGGUUUAUUUGGCUAAGCUUUUAAUAAUUAUUUUUAUAUUAUAAUUUGUGUAGGAUUGACUAAUAUACAUACUGUAAUUAUUGAAGUAAUAAAUGUGACUUUAAAUAUAAUGUGCUAUUGAUAUUUUGUUGCGUUACCUUUAAGUUAUUAUUGGUUUGCCAAAAAAAUAUAUAAAAAAAAGAAUUUUUAUCCUUGAAUACCUACAAACGUUGAAUGGUAAUAAGUGUGAAUGCUUACAUGAUUAUUUUACUUACCUCUGUUACAAAUAAAACAGAAUUAACAUUGAAAUCAAGAAUAGUUAUAGAAAAAUCAUUUUUUUUUAAAUUUCUUUGACGUUUGUGUAGCAAUUAUAUUUUCUAUAUUUUAAUAAUUAAAUUGUAAUAAAUAAAAACAUAUAUAAUUAUUUAUGUGUAUAUUACGUAAAGAACAUAUAUAUUAAAAUGUUUCUUUAUGUGUGAAUGUAUUCAACUGAUUUUGUAUAGCUGCGAAAUCAUGACCUUAUUUAAGUGAUAAAAAUGUAACCAAAAACAUAUCCCCUAGUCUGAAUUGCAUAAGUAAAUAUAAGCAUAUUCAUUAUAUAUACAAAUGUUGCGAAUAAAAGUGAAGCUUUCAAUGUGAUAAUUUUUGGUAUGGAAGUAUUUAUUGGAACGUACCAAAAUUUAUGAAGAACCUUAUUUUGUAUCUCUUCCCAAGUGUAUGUAUGUUUAGAAAAAAAUGUGUACCUAAAGUUUUUGAUAAAAAUGUUUAACGCGUGUAGGACGCGAGAUUGAAUACCUAUUUUGUAUUCUUUUUACACGCGUUUAUACAUUUUGUAAAAAAAAUCUAAAUGUUACAUCUCUAAAAAUAUAUUUAUGGUGUCUGAAAUUUAUAGAUGUUAUAUUAUUCACUUUAAAAUAUCAUUUAGAAUAUAAGAAGUAGUUGAUGCACAGUGUUAUAAUAUUGAUCACUUAUGCACUUAUUGACGUAUUUAACAUUAUAUAAUAAUUAUAAUAUAUUCGAUUGUAACAUAAAGGUCAGAGUCAAAGCAACCUGAUUAAUUAAGGGUACACUAUGCCGUCUUUAUAAUUGGUAUAGAUUUAAUAGUUAAUUGAAAACUUUCAAACAUAUAAAUGUCGUCUGUGAGUCUGUCUUUGAUGCUUCAUUCAACUUAUAUGAGUCAAAACGUAGGUAAAUGAAAUACUCUAAAUAUAAUUGAUCAAAGUAGAUCUUGUAAAUGAAAUACUCUAAAUAUGAUUGAUCAAAGUUAUCCCGAUAAAAUAAUAUUUAAAUUGAACAUUGAACUACACAAAUCUAUACAAUUGCGUUUUGACUUGUGAUAGUUGUUCGAUGUUAUUAUGCUAAAAUUUUAAAAGUUUUACUAUAUAACUAAGAUUUAUUCACUGUAAUCUGACGCAAGUUAAAUAUUAAAGUAUAUAUAAACUUAAAACGCAUUAAUGGAACCAACAUCAGACAUAUCGGAAGGAAGGUACGAGCAAUAAAUAAAAUUAUGUAAUCAAAAGUGACAUUUACUCACCUAAGUAAAAGCAUAUCAAACUAAUAAUAAGGCAUUUAUAUUCAUUAAUGUAUCAUUGUUGUGAAAUUAAUCAUUUAAUAUAAAUGGUAAAUUGUUUUAGUGUAAUUUCCCUGGAGCUUGUGAAAUCAGUAUUCGCAGUAUUUUAAAAUUCCUAAAGGGCUCCCUGAAAUGGUCAAGUGCAGUAGAGUCCCUCUAGACGAAACUAUUGUUCAUUUGACGCGAAUUAAUAUUUUUUGUCUCGUUUAACGAGUGUUAAGUGAAACGAAACGGAAAUCAUUUUAUGCCUGAUCUGGGCAUAAAAUGAUUAUACGUAAUUAGGUAUACGUUAUCUUCCUAAUUCAAAAUUACUCUAUAAUCUCCAAAUUUAUUUGUAAUCGGUUAAAAAAGUAUUUUAUUGUACAUGUUUCUGAGAAAAAGUAAGCACCGCUAGGCCAUUUCGGAGUCCCUUUAAACAAUUUUCAUGUAGUAUGUAAUAUUAACGGUAUCAAAUACGUUGUGUGUUAAUAGGAAUUACUAUUCUUCCGGCAGCAAUAAAUUCGUAUGUGUGAUUGAUAUUCUUAUUGAAGAGAAACAAUGCUUCUAUCUCACAUAUAUUGUGUAGCUCUUACUGGUAAUUAAAUUUGUGCUAGUAAAAUUAAUGCGAAGCAAAAUAGUCAAAUAACAGAUCUUAAGCCUACAUUCGCACGAGUGUUUUUUAACUGACGUUAAAAAAGCGUUCAAAUACAACAAAUGCAUUCUCCGGUAUCUAUUCACACGACAACGUUUUUAAAGCACGACGCUUUUACCGAGUAGUGUUGUAUUUUCAAUGUUGGUCGUUGGAAAUAGACCUUCAUUCAACUUCGAUACUAUACACUUUUGUAUGCUGAUCUCUUCAAAAUAUGUUUUUAUUUCACUUGUAUUUGUAUUUGUGGUGUGCAAAUAAAGAAUAUCUAUAUAUCUAUCUAUCUACACGCUAUGCCCGCCAACGCUGGGUUUUAACGCAGCGCUAUUUUAAAACUACAUUUGAACGCUUUUUUAACGUCCGUUAAAAAAACUGAGCGCAAACGCACGAGAGUUUUUUUAAAGACGUUAAAAAAGCGUUUAAUAUAGUAGUUAGUUAAAGAUAGGUCUAUUACAAACGCCCAAAAUUUAAAAUGAAACACUGCUCCAAAAAAGCGUCAUGUUUUAAAAACAUGUAUGCAUAUAUACUUGGGAAUGCAUUUGUUGAAUUUAAACGCUUUUUAACGUCCGUCAAAAAAGCUCUCGUGCGAAUGUAGCUCCGGUACCGCGUUACCUCGUAACCAAAUGAGUAGUACCUACCUACUUCUUUCAAUUUUGUCAUUUAAUUCGUUUUACUGCAUCGUCACCUAACAUCCUCAUCAUCAUUAUCAACCCAUAUUCGGCUCACUGCUGAGCUCGAGUCUCUUCUGAGAAUGAGAGGGGUUGGGCCAAUAGUUCACCACGCUGGAUUGCCCAAUGCGGAUUGGCAGACUUCACACACGCAGAGAAUUAAGAAAAUUCUCUGGCAUGUAGGUUUCAGCUUUUGAGACACGUAAUUUUUUUUUUAAUGCACUCAACUGAAAAGUUGGAGGACAGGAUUCGAACCCACACCCUCCGGAAUCGAAAAAGAGGUCAUAUCCAUCAUCCUAACAUCCUCAGAAGUAAAUGUUAGCUAUACCGUAUGUUGUGAGGUAGAACAUUCAGUUUUAAUUAAUUAUAAAUCUAUAUAGUUUGUUGUUGUUUAAAUAAAAAAAAAUCAAGAAUAUAACGUGUUCAUAAUAAGUUUAUAGUCACAUUUAUUAUUAUGUAACGUAUUUCUAAUAUUGAAAUUUCGCUGUAAAGGUGUAUCAAAUUUUGAUUUUAAUAAAAAUUUAAAUAUGA